UCCCAGAGCACCUUGAAACAAACGAGAACGCGAAAAUGGAAGUAACAGAGUACCGGAAUCCAAACCCACCGCCGGGUGGCCGCCCUCCAUCUCCGCCGGCGCAGGGAAACGGCGGAGGAUACACUCUUCCGGCAGGUCAAUUUUCAAGCGAGGACAUACUGUUCUGCAUCGACAUGGGUCCAGAAACAAUGGCGGAGAUGAAGGUAAACGGGCCCAAUGGUCGACCCUACACCAGAUUGGACUCCAUCAAGCAAGCUAUUCUGCUAUUCGUCCACGCUAAGCUCACCAUCAAUUCCGAUCACCGAUUCGCCUUCGCCGCCCUCUCGAAAUCCACUUAUUGGAUACGAAAAGAGUUCAGCAGUGAAGUUGACUCUGUGAUUGCUGCUUUGCAAAGUAUCUCAGUCGACUCAUCUUCCAGUCAUGCAGAUCUCACUCAACUAUUCAGAGUUGCAACUCAUGAAGCUAAGAAAUCCCGUGCACAAAAUCGGAUAUUGCGUGUGAUCUUGCUCUACUGUAGGUCAUCCAUGCCUCCACUAUAUCAAUUGCCUUCGACUCUGAAACUCUUCACGUUGGAUGUAAUGUACCUCCACGAUAAGCCCAGCCCUGAUAAUUGUCCGCAGACAGUGUACGAUACCCUGGUGGAGGCUCUUGAACAGGUCACUGAAUUCGAAGGCUACAUAUUUGAGAGUGGUCAAGGGCUAACACGCUCCCUUUUCCGCCACAUGUGCGUGCUCUUGUGUCAUCCUCAGCAACGCUGUGCGCAUGAUGAGGUGGACAUACCAAAGUCUCUGACCAGGAAAACUCUUGCAGUAGCAGACGCAUCACAGGGCGAUGAUAGUGUUGUUGUCUCCAGCCAAUGAGAUUCAACUGUCUGUUAAAUCAAGAAUCAAGAUAAAACUUUUAUGAAUAUGAAAUCUCUCUUUCUUGUGUUGUCUGUGUAAUCUGUGAAUUUAUCGUCUAACUUUGUGUUUCGUGUAUGGAUAGAAGUAUCAACACUGUUGUGAUGAUGGAGUUCUUAAUGAAAAAAAAGAAAAUUCCCAAUGA